UGCACUACUGCUAGUGUGCAGUUUGAAGAUUGGUUUAACAGAUUUAUUAUUGCAAUGAGAACAAAAGUUUAGGUGAUAGACGUUUGUUAUGAAAUUGUCUUACAAGAGGUUCAGGACUGCCAUCAAUAAACAGUUCAGCAAAUUACUACUCAGGUCUCCAUACACGGCUAUCAAUGGGAAUCCUAAAAAAUGUUGUGAUAUAAACUGCCUGCAUUCUCAUCUACUGUUGAGAACUGAAUUAGACGAUAGGUUAUACAUUCGACCCUAUUUUAAAUGAACAUAUGUAUGACCCUUUUGGGCUUUAUAUUCCUUUCUAUGAUUAAUUUCCUUCACAAUAUGCAGAUUUUGUUUUGGUUCUUCUCCUUCCUUGAUUAAGACCUGAGAAUCAAGUGUAGAAGUUAUUGCUGAAUAAAAAUAUCUAUCUCCAACUAUUUUUUAUCAAUGGUUUCCUCAUGUUUGUAUAUUUUUCUCCAUCAUCUACUAGGACAUCUGUGAUCAUGUUGUGAAAGAGUUUGAGACGUUAGAUGUUUCAAGGUCUGUUGGCUCUACCAUGCCUGAUAAUGUUAAAGUACCCAAUGAAGCUAAAGUAGGACGUCAGUCGAGCAGGUUAAAUGAGUCCAAUGACAUGGCAAGUGAUGGUGGUGCCAACAGGCAAGCUGAUAAAGGAUCAAAGAAGAAAAAGGGGAAAGCCACAACAAAUGCAGUAGUAAAUCUAUCUGAAAGUGGGGCAGAUAACCAGGAACACACUUCGACAAAAUCUAAGAGAGGCAAGAAAAGAGGUAAGGACACAUCUGCACAAACAUUCGAUUCGAAGGCAGGUUCUAAGAAAGAAUUGCUUAAAAUAAAAGAGGAAGAUCUCAGUCCCUCAGAAGAAUGGAUCAUGCAGAAAAUUACAGCAUUAGUUUCUGAUUUUGAAGAACAAGGUAUAGAUGACCCUGAAAUAGUUCUUAGGCCUUUGGCUAACCAAUUAAGGCCUACAAUAAUCAGUUCUUGGAUGGAGAAAAAGAAGGCACUGCUUACAAACAAUGCAGAAAAAAUGAAACAUUUGCUUGAUAAUUUGCAGAAGAAACUUGACGAGGUUUGACUGCUAAAAUUGCAUCGUUUUUUUUUACUGCA